AUGGCUGCCACAGUCGUCCCUCAGAAGCGAGUGCUGGGCGAGUCCCGCACUCGCCAGAACAUCCCCUCAUCGCCACAAUCCGCCAAGAAGCGGAAGACUGAAAUCGACGAGCCUGCACCGAUACCUCGCUUCAUCAGCUCACAAAAGGGACCCGGAGCCAAGCUGGGAUCUGGUCAGACAAAAAGCGUGUUCGAAUCCGAAGUUCUCGAAAAGCUUAGCCAGGAUAUAUCCGAACGCAAGCAGAACAAUACAGAAAAGGACCAGGCAUGGGACCGGCCGCCGGUCACGGAAUUCGUCCCGGACCGGGACAGCAUAUGCUUCCAGUCCAUCGAAGCAGAAGAGGGUACGAUAAACGGCGGAAAGGUCGCCGUGAAGCUCUUUGGCGUGACUGCCGAGGGCUACUCAGUCAUGCUGCAUGUCACAGACUUCAAGCACUACCUCUACGUGGCCGCCCCUUUGUCUUUCCAGCAAACGGACUGCGCGCUAUACAAGGCAUAUCUCGAGACGCAGGUCGCCCAGCACCAGCCUGCGAUCCAUUCAGUGAGCUUGGCCUUGAGAGAAGACAUCUACCACUACCAGGGCAACGUACGAAGCCCCUACCUCAAAAUCACCGUCACCGAUCCAAAGUUUAUCAACACGGUGCGAUCGACAAUAGAAAAGGGUCUUGCAAACUGGAAAGGCAUGUGGGGGGCUCUGGAUGGAGGCCUGAGAACAUAUGACAAUAUCCAAUACGUUCUGCGAUUCAUGGUAGAUUGCAAGAUUCAAGGCAUGUCGUGGGUGGAAGCCCCUGCCGGCAGCUACAAAAUGAUACCAGAACACAGCCGCCAGUCCAAUUGCCAGAUCGAAGCCGAAGUCAACUACAUGGAUCUCAUAGCCCACAAGCCGGAGGGAGAUUGGGCCAAGAUGGCUCCUCUGCGUAUCCUCUCCUUCGAUAUUGAGUGCGCUGGACGCAAGGGAAUCUUUCCAGAGGCCAACGUCGACCCCGUCAUCCAAAUUGCAAACGUGGUCACCAAAUACGGAGAGAAGAAGCCUUUUAUCCGAAACGUCUUUUGUCUAGACACUACCAGCUCCAUUGUCGCGACACAAAUUCUAGAUUAUGAGAAAGAGGAGCAGAUGCUCCACGAGUGGCAGCAAUUCCUCAUUAGGGUCGAUCCAGACAUCAUCAUCGGCUACAACACCUCCAAUUUUGAUUUUCCCUACCUUCUUGAUCGUGCAAAGCACCUCAAGGUGCAAGGCUUUGAGUACUGGUCUCGUAUUCCCAGCAAGCCGUCCAGGGUCAAGGAAACCAACUUUUCAAGUAAACAAAUCGGCAGCCGUGACACCAAGGCCACAAAUACCAACGGUAGAUUACAGCUCGACAUGCUGCAGCUGGUCCAGCGCGAUCAUCACCUGCGAAGUUACACGCUGAACUCUGUGUGCUCCCAGUUUUUAGGCGAGCAAAAGGAAGAUGUGCACCACACCAUGAUUACGGAACUAUUCAACGGAACGCCGGAAUCACGACGCCGUCUGGCGCUCUACUGUUUGAAGGAUGCCUAUCUCCCCCAAAGACUGAUGGAUAAAUUGUCAUGUCUAGAAAACUAUACCGAAAUGGCUAGAGUCACGGGCGUUCCUUUUAACUUUUUGCUUUCGCGUGGACAGCAGAUCAAGUUUGUCAGUCAGCUUUUCCGUAAAGCACUGGAACAAAAGCUAGUCAUCCCCAACAUCGCCCCUCAGGGGACAGAGGAUCAAUACGAAGGUGCGACAGUUAUUGAGCCGACGCGAGGGUACUACGACGUACCCAUUGCAACUCUUGAUUUUGCUUCCCUGUAUCCGAGUAUCAUUCAAGCACACAACCUAUGCUACACGACCUUGUUAAGACCCGGAGAUGUCGAGAGAUUCAAGCUGCAAAAGGACGUCGACUACAUCGUCACACCCAACGGAGACUCCUUUGUGACGGCCGCGAAGCGUAAAGGCCUGCUCGCUCAGAUUCUAGAGGAAUUGCUAUCAGCUAGAAAGCAGGCGAAGCGAGAGCUAGCCCAGGAGACGGAUCCCUUCAAGAAGGCCGUGCUGAACGGUAGACAGCUGGCGUUGAAAGUCAGCGCCAACUCUGUCUACGGUUUGACGGGUGCGACGACGGGAAAGCUACCUUGUCUUGCGAUUGCAAGUAGUACCACCAGCUUCGGUCGCCAGAUGAUUGAGAAGACCAAGAAGGAGGUGGAGAUGAAGUACACCAUUGCAAACGGCUACACCCACGAUGCUCAGGUCAUUUACGGUGAUACCGAUUCCGUCAUGGUAAAGUUUGGAACCAAGGAUCUCGCAGAGGCGAUGAAGCUCGGUGAGGAAGCCUCUAAAUUCGUAUCGGGCAAGUUCUUGAAGCCCAUCAAGCUCGAAUUCGAAAAGGUCUACUUCCCAUAUCUCCUCAUCAACAAGAAGCGAUAUGCCGGGCUAUACUGGACAAGGACGGAGAAGUACGACAAGAUGGACACCAAGGGUCUUGAAACGGUGCGGCGUGACAACUGCCUGCUGGCACAGACUGUCAUUGAAAAGGUCUUGCGGAUGAUUCUCAUCGACCGAGACGUUCAAGGUGCACAAGAUUACGUCAAAGGCACAAUUGCAGAUCUGCUACAGAACAAGGUUGACAUGUCGAAACUGGUCAUCACAAAGGCCCUGACCAAGGAAGACUACGCAGCCAAGCAAGCCCACGUCGAACUCGCACAGAGGAUGAAGAAGCGCGAUGCCGGCUCGGCGCCUGGCCUUGGCGAUCGAGUGGCGUAUGUCAUGGUAAGGGGAGCGGCGGGAGCCAAAAACUUUGAGAAGUCGGAGGAUCCAAUCUACGUGCUGGAGAACAACGUGCCGAUCGACACCAAGUACUACCUGGACAACCAGCUAGCGAAGCCGCUCGGACGAAUCUUUGAGCCCAUCCUAGGCGAGACAAAGGCAAAGUCUCUGCUGACGGGAGACCACACGCGUACCAUCUCGGUGGCGGCCCCCACGGUCGGUGGCCUGAUGAAGUUUGCCAAGAAGACGCAGACGUGCAUGGGAUGCAAGAAGCCGCUUACGGGCAAGCACGAGAGCGCCGGCGCAGUGUGCGGCGACUGCGCGCCUCGCGUGGGAGAGCUGUACAACAAGACGCUGGACCGAGUAUCGGACCUUGAAGUGCGGUUCGGACGGCUGUGGACUCAAUGCCAGAGAUGCCAGGGUAGCAUGCACUGCGAAGUCAUUUGCAGCAGCAAGGACUGCCCCAUCUUUUACAUGCGAAUGAAGGCCAAGAAGGAUCUGGAGGACGCAGGCAAGGAGCUCUCCAGAUUCGAUGCAGACCAAGCCGCCAUCUGGUGA